AAUCAAGAGAUCCGAGCUCCGAUCGGGAAUGAGCGGAGGCACACUGUGCGCGCUGCUGGGCGAGUUAGGUUACGAAGGCGCCGACGCAUUAGACCCCGACAGUUUCGAAUGGCCUUUCCAAUACGACGACGCCCGCCCCAUCCUCGAUUGGGUCUGCUCCAGCCUCCGCCCCUCCAACGUUCUCUCCCUCUCUGAGCUCUCCCGGUACCAGCAGUUGUUACAGGAGGGGAAGCUUUUGGAGGGAGAGGAUUUGGACUUCGCUUAUGAUAGCAUUUCGGCGUUUUCGUCCAGCCGGGAUAACCAGGAGGCGGUUUUCGCAGCCGAGGAGGGACUCAAAGAUAUUCGGGAUGCAACUCUGGCAUAUAAAUCUGAAGCUCUACAGUUGCAGAAGCAGCUCGGACAUCUGCAUUCUCAAUAUGACAUGCUUACGGGUCAAGCGUCUGCUCUGAUCCAAGGUAGACGGGCUCGAGUUGCUGCAACAUCGACUAUUAAUGGACAUCUUACAACCAUAGAUGACACCCUUUCUGCAAAAAAUUUGCAGAUGAAUGCAGUUCUUGGAAGAAUCGCGUCUACGACACAGGAAUUGGCUCAUUAUCACUCUGGGGAUGGGGAUGGAAUCUAUUUAGCGUAUUCAGACUUUCAUUCCUACUUGCUUGGAGACACAUCUUGCGUAAAGGAGCUCAAUCAGUGGUUUGCUAAGCAGUUGGACACGGGCCCAUUUCGUUUAGUUGCUGAAGAUGGAAAGUCGAAAUGUUCAUGGGUGAGUCUUGAAGACAUCUCAAAUAUCAUUGUGAGAGCAGAUUUAGAAAAGUCCCAGCAUCAACGUGUCUCAGAAUUGCAACGACUGCGUUCUAUUUUUGGGACGAGUGAAAGACAAUGGGUGGAAGCUCAAGUUGACAAUGCUAAGCAACAAGCUAUUUUAAUGUCACUUAAAUCUCAAGUUUCAUCAGAUGAAGCACACAUUCAUCUUGAUCUUCAUUCCCUAAGGAGAAAACAUUCAGAACUUGUAGGAGAAUUAUCGAAUUCUUAUAACAAGGAAGAAAAAUUGUUGUCUGAGACUAUUCCGGAUCUUUGUUGGGAGCUGGCUCAACUCCAAGACACAUACAUAUUGCAAGGUGAUUAUGACUUAAAGGUCAUGCGACAGGAGUACUAUAUCAAUCAACAAAAAGCGUUUAUAAAUCAUCUUGUCAAUCAACUUGCAAGGCACCAACUCUUAAAACUAGCAUGCCAGUUCGAAAAGAAACAUAUGCUCGGAGCAUAUUCAUUGCUGAAAGUUAUUGAAUCAGAGAUGCAAGCCUACCUGUCGGCAACCGAAGGCCGUGUGGGUCGUUGCCUAGCCCUAAUUCAAGCUGCAUCUGAUGUACAAGAACAAGGAGGAGUGGAUGAUCAAGAUCACUUUUUGCAUGGCGUCAGAGAUCUUUUGAGUAUCCAUUCAAAUGCUCAAACGGGGUUGUCAACAUAUGUAUCAGCUCCAGGUAUUGUGCAGCAAAUAGCUAGUCUUCAUUCAGACUUGAUGACCCUUGAGUCAGAUCUUGAGACUUCUCUUCCAGAGGACAGAAGCAGAUGUGUCAACGAGCUGUGCACUCUAAUUCAGAGUUUGCAGAAAUUGCUUUUUGCAUCAUCAACAACCGCGCAACCAAUACUGACAUCUCGGCCUUUGAUGAAGGAGCUUGAUGAAAUGGAGAAGAUAAAUGCAAAACUCUCGGCUGCAGUUGAAGAGGUGACAUUAGAGCACCGUAAGAAAAAUGAGAUUGUUAAACACCACUCCCAAGAAGUUAGGCUUCAACGGGGUGUGUUUGUUGAUUUCUUCUGCAAUUCUGAGCGUUUGAGGAGUCAAGUCCGGGAGCUAACUGCGCGAGUCAGAGCUAUGCAGGUUUCAUAAUUCUUUUAAUGGUUUGUGAGUGAGUGAGUGAGAGCUGAUCAUUUUGUUUUUGCUUGUAUUUAUCAAGCAAUCUGAGGACUAAUGAUGUUUACGAGUGUAAAGUGGUGUACCAGCAAAUGACAACUGAAUCCAUAAAUUCAAAAUGUAUAUUGGGCAAGGAACCUGCUAGUUCAGAGUUGUGGUACAUA